AUGUCCGCCAACGCAACAGCCCUGGCCACCGCAAUCGGCGUCGCCUCCUCCUCGGCGUUCCUUUCCUGCGGCCUCACCCUCUCCUACCUGUCCAUUCCCUCCAUCCUGCUCCCCGCACCACCCAACACCACACCAGCCCAAACCAAGUCCCUGCACGACUCCGCCGCCCGCUCGUGGCAGUAUCUUUAUGAUGUCGGCAAGAAGGUUGGCCCUGCCAUCGGGACCGUUGGGGCCGCGGCGUACAUUUACGCUGCGCGUAAUUUCCCUAGUGCAGCGAAGACGGAGAGGCAGUUGUUGUAUGCGGCGGCGGUGAUGAAUAUGCUGGUCGGGCCGUUUACGAUUGUGGUGAUGGCGAGGACGAAUACGGAGAUCUAUAGAAGGGCAGAUGCGGCGAAGGUUGGGGAGGAUGAGCGGGUCGCGAGGAAGGGGAAGGGUAGCAUAGAGGGGAUAGAGACACCGGAGCUGUUGAAGAGGUGGGCGAGGUUGAAUGCGUGGAGGUGUGUAUUUCCAGUCGUGGCGCUUGCGCUGGCUGGGAGGGUUCUGCUUGCAUUAUAG